AUGCAUCGAGAUGAACCUCUUCCCGAUCCGCCUUCCACUAGUUCUCCGCCAUGGAAGCUCGCUUUUCGCUCCUCCAGGGCGUUUGUGAUCUCAGUGGUGGCUAUUGCGGUCUUCACGUGCAAAAAUGGAUGUCAAUCAUGCUGGCCGCGUUCGGCGGUGGUAUAUUCUUCGGAUCCCGUAGGUGCCGUUUCCUUCCUUCGUGGUAUGGGUGCGGCUAACACCAGAUUGCUAGCAAUAUUCGGUUAUUUCGCGGACAGAAGCUCAUCACGCCAGCUUCCGUUUCUUAUUGGACUGCUCGCGCUCGCUGGGACGACUAUCGUGUUCUGGUUCGCAGAAACAGUAUCGUCCUUGGUCAUUGCACGCAGUCUCCAAGGAUUGUCAGCUGCUGUGGUCUGGACUGUUGGUUUGGCUCUUGUUGUCGACACGGUGGGCAAGGAUCAGGUGGGAGCUGCAAUGGGAUAUGUCUCGAUGGCACUGACUGUGGGGACGGUGUUUGGUCCAUUCAUUGGAGGGAUCAUGCUGUCGCGAGUGGGCUAUCAUGCGGUAUUUGUAUUGGCAAUUGGGUUGAUAGUGCUAGAUAUCUGUCUUCGGCUCGUGAUGGUCGAACCCAAGAAUGCUGCGCAAUGGAUUCAGUCGGGCAGUGGCGGAGAGACACAAGCUCUGCUAAAUGAAGCCGAAACGCAUGGCGCUGGGUACGAUGCGAUUACCGCCAAUGCUAGAGCAGGACAGACAUCUGGCCUCGGUAACGAAUAUCCAACCGAGGGCAGCGGCGAGCCGCUGACCAGCGGGAGGUCGACCUCCGUACCUGGGAUUAUCCGCUUGAUAUUCUCAGGCAAGUUACUGGUCGUUCUUCUAGCGACGGUAGUGGAUGCCAUUAUCUGGUCCGCUUUUGAUACGGUGCUCCCGCUGUAUGUCAUGAAAACGUUCGGCUGGGGAUCAUUCGAAAUCGGGCUAUGUUUCCUACCUCUCUUUGCACCGUCUUUCCUCUCUCCAUGGAUUGGUGACGCAGUAGACCGUUGGGGAGCACUUCGGGUAGCCUUUGUUGGCUUCCUGCUCGAUUUCCCAACAUUACUGCUUUUUCAGCUUGUCGCACGCAACACGACCCAGGACCAAGUUCUUCUCUAUGUGUUCCUCUUCCUCGCAGGUGUCGCUUCGACCCUGCAGAUGGUCUCGUUGAUGACGGAGGUCAACAACGUCACGGAGCGGUACGAGCGGGAAUUCCCCGGUAUCUUCGGACAUCAAGGAGGGACUGCGCAAGCGUACGGGCUUUUCAAUGUCGCCUGGUCGGGCGGGCAGGUACUGGGACCCUUGGUCGCGGGUCUGCUAGUUGAGCGAGCCGGCUGGACGACAAUGGUGACGGUGUUGGGGGCAGUUAGCGGAGGCAUUUCCGUGGUUAUCGCGCUCUCGGAUCGAAGGGUUCUGCCAGUGAGGGAAAAGAAGUGA